GCGUGCAAGGAAGCCGGAAUCCGUGCAGUGGUGCUGCUGAUGGUGAAGCAAAGUGGCUCGAAGAGAUGAGAGGGAUGCACAUGACAAUUCUGACAACAGGCAUGAUCCCUACAGCCAGGUGAACAACAACUACAACUGUAAACCGGCUUAAAGUUGCUGCGCUGCUCAUAUCGGACAGGGGGAAAGAUUUACAACCAAAAACAUCAGAGAAAGAGAGAGAACUCCUCCCAAUUUGUAAGACCUGCAGACCUGGUUCGAGAUGUCAAGGAAAAAGACACUGAAGAGCAAAAGUCACACGUCCCCCAGCACCACCCUACCGGCAGCAGGCAGAGGGAAAGAGCAGGAGAAAUCGGGGAAAGGCAACUCCGUGAGCCAGGGUCCGAUUAACGGAGUGACCCUGCCGAACAGACCCUCUCUGAGCAACAGCAGCGAGUUCUAUGACAUAGCUUUUAAGGUAAUGUUAGUUGGAGACUCUGGAGUGGGGAAAACCUGUUUACUGGUGCGCUUUAAGGAUGGAGCUUUCUUAGCCGGAAGCUUUAUUUCCACAGUGGGAAUUGACUUCAGGAAUAAAGUAUUGAAUGUGGAUGACGUGAAGGUUAAGCUACAGAUCUGGGAUACAGCAGGACAAGAGAGGUUUCGCAGUGUGACUCACGCUUAUUAUCGAGAUGCCCACGCUCUCUUGCUGCUGUAUGAUGUCACUAACAAAACAUCAUUUGACAACAUUCAGGCUUGGCUGACGGAGAUUCAUGAAUAUGCAACGCAAGACGUGGUAAUCAUGUUAUUGGGUAACAAGGCUGAUGUGACUCAAGAGAGAGCGGUAAAGAAAGAGGCAGGAGAAAAAUUAGCCAAGGAAUACGGAGUGCCCUUUAUGGAAACAAGUGCCAAAACAGGUCUAAAUGUUGAGCUGGCAUUUAUGGCAAUUGCAAAAGAACUGAAACACAGGUCGAUGAAGUCACCAAACGACCCCAAAUUCAAGCUCCACGACUAUGUGAAUUCGGAAAUGAAAGGCACGGGUUGCUGCAGGUCAUAACUGCUGCAUCCUUUCUGCCAAUAUAUUUGUACAAGACUAAUUGGUGUUAAACAACCAGGACAGUUUGUCUCGUGGUUCUGCCAUCUUUUGUGUGAAGUUCUUGCAUGUCUGUACCUGUUGUCUGUACAUUGACAAGUGUUUAUCAGCCGAUAAGACCUUGAGUUCAUUUGGGGAGGUGGGUGGGAUAUAAAUGGUGUUAAAUCAGGAUCGAAAGUACUAUACUUGAUUGUUUACAUAAUCUAAAUCUGCUUUUGCUAACAGUUUGUAACAAUAGAAAUACAAACCUGUUCUGUUCCGUAGGACAUUAAAUGAAUGUACAUUGAUGUCCGUGAUUGUACUGAAUGUAUGCCGUGUAUAUUUUUAAAUCCUUUACAAAGCCAAUUUUCAUUUCAUUCGGGGAACAGAAGAGGAUCCACGUGUGAAAAUAAAUCAUGAUGCCAGUGGCAGGGAAAUGCAACUUGACCCCCUCCCCCCUUUUAUGCAUCUUGCUGAAAUACUGUAAACUAUUUUUUAAAACAACUACUUUAAUGCGCAAUUGUCAGACUUGAUAUUAGAAUUUUAAUAAAUAGUUGCAACAUCUGUAAAAUAAAAUGUUUUCCAAACAACACUCAGAAGCGAGUGAAAAAAGUGAAGUUAAAAUUGAUUGUUGGGCCUGUUGUUAAUUAUUGUGCAGCAUAUGCUUUUGCAGAAAGUAAAAACUUGAAAACUA